UAUCAGUUCGUAGUUGUACCAGCUCGGUGUCUCUCUUGACACCUGGUUGUUUGUUUUGCCGUUGGCCUUGACAAAGCAGCACUUAACUAAUGGCAUUACUGCAGUUGGUUCACUUUGAUACCAAAACAGAAACUUAGUCUUCUUAAAUUAGAAAGUCACUAAGGGACUAAAAACAACAGCCUUGAUUUAAGCUUGGUAACAGUGUUUUUGAGAGAUUCAUAUGUGCUCAGAUUUGAUAAAAGGAAAGAUGUGCUUCCAGGAAAAUCCCUGCCAGAGCCAGAGCCAAACAAGAUUCAACCCUGACAGCACAACUGAGACUCUCAUCACUAUUAACCACAACAUGCCGCAGCCAAGGACCCCAAGAUCUUUGAAAUGAGGAUACACAGUGGACGGGUUGACGCUCUCCUGCUGUAAUGGCCUACAUAAAGGUGAGGCUCUCAGAUGGAAGCAGAGUGUGAGCAGGUCCAUGGAGCUGAUGAGGAAGAAGAAGAGGAGGAGGAGGCAGGAGCUGGCGAAUCCAUGUUGUGGUCCCUCCAGGAGGCUCUGGAGAGGCAGACCCUGCAGAUUGGAGCGUCGGCCUGCGGGGCCACAGCGGUGGUGGACGUCCUGAAGGCCCUCGGCGUGGAUGUGGCCCCCGAGGAAGCCGAUCGCUGCGUCCAAACCCGCCUGAGGAGGAAUGACUCACCUUUGCCCGACUACCUGCUCUCCCGGAGUGUAGCCGGUGCGACUCACGCUCAGCUCAUCGCAGGCGCAGAGGAGGCCAGUAAAGGGGCGGUGAUGGGCCGCUUCUUCCACCUUCACCCCCGCCGGCAGGUGAAGCUGGUCCCCUGGCUCGCACGCUGGAUCCAAAAAGGGGCCGUUCCCGUGGCGACCAUGAACAUGCAGCUGGCCGUACCCGAGGGAGAGGAGGUGCCCGACGCCUGGCACCAUCAGCUUAUAUUUGGGGUUGCACCUGAUACUGUUUUCAUGACCAAUCCUUUAGAUGUAGUGAGCGAGGGAGAGGUGCACCAGCGUCUCUGCAGUGCGUCCGUGCUGCUGAUUCGUCGAGCAGACGUCCUGCAGCGAUUAACACCUGAUUCCUGUCUGUCCAGCCUCUCAGAGAGCCAGUCCGACCCACGGUGGAAAGCCCUGGAUGUUGAAGGUCAGGUGAGACAGAUGGCCCGAGAAGAGGAACAGGAACAAGAGCGAUCCCAGUUAACGCACAUCACGAUCCCUGCAGCGUACAGCUCAGGCAUCACGCUCUUCGCCCUGCAAGAGUCGGGGUUAGGACAAGAACUCCUCAACGCACCUGAACUCCCUUUGUUGUGACUGGAGUGGCACACAUGGACUCAAGAUUUAAAGCUUAAAGAUUUGUUUGUUGUGAUAUGAGAAAUAAAACUGAUUUUAUGACAUUUUAUUGAGCAGAAAA